AUAAUUUUUACAAUUAUCCAGUUUUGUUCUCUCUCAAAUCUCAAUCCAUCUUCCACUCCCUCAAAAUCUAAAACCUUCAAUCAUUCUCAAAAAGCUCCACCGUCAAUUUUCCAAUUUUGGUGGAACUCCAAAAAAAAAAUAAAAAAUAUACCAAAAAAAAAAGAGGAAGAUGCAGCACAACAUCCUCAGCUCGAUCCGUAGUACGAAAAUCACGGAUGGUUGUAAAGGCACUCAGGUCUACGCUCUUAACCCCUCCGCUGGCGCUCCGAUCAACGGAGAAUCCGUCGGUGAUAAACUCUUUCAUCAUUUACUAGACCGGUCUAAACAACCCGGUCGAACAAAACCGGUUGGUACAAAAACGGCGACACGCGACGUCGUUUUGGAGGGUCUUCUCCCUUGUGGACUUCCCUCGUCGGAGCUUCUAGAACCUGGGAUCGAUCCUUGCUUGAAACCUAUUGAUUUGGUUGAAACCCUCGCCGGUGUUCAUCGUCGGAUCGAGAGUUGCGGCGAGCUUGAGAAAUUCGAGGUGUUUUUGGAGCAGUGUUUAGUGUUCCGGGGAAUUUCUGAUGUCAAGUUGUUCCGGCGGAGUCUCCGGUCAGCGCGGCAGCAUGCGGUGGAUGUUCACUCGAAGGUUGUGUUGGCUUCGUGGUUGAGGUAUGAGAGGAGAGAGGAUGAACUUGUUGGAUCUUCAUCAAUGGAUUGUUGUGGAAGAAAACUUGAAUGUCCUAAGGCUAGUUUGGUCCUAGGGUAUGAUCCUGAAUCUGUUUUUGAUCGUUGUUUGUGUUUUCGUAAAGACACGAUUAUUGUUGAUAAUGAUGAUGAUGGGGAAUGUGAAUGCUCAACUUCUUAUGAAGAUGAGGAUGUUGGUAGUUAUAAUGAUAUGUCUUUUUGUAUAGGUGAUAGUGAAAUUAGGUGUAGUAGAUAUUCUAUGGCGUCGCUUUCGAGGCCUUUUAUGGCAAUGUUGUAUGGUGGAUUUGUUGAGUCUAGGAAGGAGAAGAUAAAUUUCUCCCUCAAUGGUGUUUCUGUUGAGGUGAUGAUGGCUGUUGAGGUUUUCAGUAGAACCAAGAGGCUGAAUCAGUUUCCCAACAGUGUUGUAUUAGAGAUGCUUUCUUUUGCGAAUAGGUUUUGUUGUGUGGAGAUGAAAUCUGCUUGUGAUGCUCAUUUAGCUUCUUUGGUAUUGGACAUGGAUGAUUCAUUGUUGUUGAUUGAGUAUGGAUUAGAGGAGACCGCGUAUCUACUAGUUGCAGCUUGCUUGCAGGUGUUUCUGAGAGAGCUCCCUGGUUCGAUGCACCGUUUGAGUGUUAUGAGAUUGUUUUGUAGUGUAGAGGGUAGGGAUAGGUUGGCCUUGGUAGGGCAUGUGUCGUUUUCGUUGUAUUGUUUUUUGAGUCAGGUUGCGAUGGAGGAAGAUAUGAAAUCUAACACAACUGUGAUGAUCUUAGAACGGUUAGGAGAGUGUGCGGCGAGUGGUUGGCAGAAACAACUUGCUUAUCACCAAUUAGGUGUUGUGAUGCUUGAGAGAAAUGAAUACAAAGAUGCUCAACAUUGGUUUGAAGCUGCUGUUAAGGAAGGACAUAUUUAUUCUUCAGUUGGUGUUGCGAGGGCCAAAUAUAAGCGCGCUCACACGUAUUCGGCAUACAAGAUGAUAAACUACCUUAUUUCUGCUCAUAAACCUGUUGGUUGGAUGUAUCAGGAAAGGUCUUUGUAUUGCAUUGGGAAGGAAAAAACGAUGGACUUGGUCUCUGCAACUGAAUUAGAUCCAACUCUUUCUUUUCCAUACAAACACCGGGCUGUUUGUUUGGUGGAGGAGGGUAAGAUUGGAGCUGCCAUUUCUGAAAUCAAUAAAAUAAUUGGUUUCAAGAUUUCUCCUGACUGCCUUGAAUUGAGAGCUUGGUUCUUGAUUGCCAUGAAGGAUUAUGAAGGAGCUCUCAGGGAUGUCAGGGCAAUUUUGACAUUAGAUCCAAAUUAUAUGAUGUUUUAUGGGAAUAUGCAAGGUUACCGCGUGGUAGAACUCCUCCGCCCUGUUGCUCAGCAGUGGAACCAGGCUGAUUGUUGGAUACAAUUGUAUGACAGAUGGUCUUCUGUUGAUGAUAUUGGUUCUUUAGCUGUUGUACACCAUAUGUUAGAAAACAACCCAGGGAAAAGUAUUUUACGCUUUCGGCAAUCUCUACUUCUUUUACGGUUAAAUUCUCAAAAGGCAGCCAUGCGUAGUUUGCGUCUGGCUAGAAAUCAUUCUUCUUCAGCACAUGAAAGACUUGUCUAUGAAGGAUGGAUAUUGUAUGACACUGGUCAUCGUGAAGAAGCUAUAGCAAAGGCUGAGGAGUCGAUUUCUAUUCAAAGGUCAUUUGAAGCUUUCUUUCUCAAAGCUUAUGCAUUAGCUGACUCAUGUCUUGAUUCAGAAUCUUCAAAGAAUGUGAUUGAUCUCUUGGAGGAAGCUCUAAAAUGCCCUUCAGAUGGUCUUCGUAAGGGACAAGCACUAAAUAAUUUAGGGAGUAUAUAUGUAGAUUGCGAAAAGCUAGACCUUGCUGCUGACUGCUACAAACAUGCACUUAACAUCAAGCAUACUCGAGCACAUCAGGGGUUGGCACGUGUAUAUCAUCUUCAAAAUCAGCACAAAGCGGCAUAUGAUGAGAUGACGAAGCUAAUAGAGAAGGCCCAGAAUAAUGCAUCAGCUUAUGAGAAACGUUCAGAAUAUUGCGAUCGUGACAUGGCAAAGAGCGAUCUUAGCUUGGCUACACAGUUGGAUCCUUUAAGGACAUAUCCGUACAGAUAUAGGGCGGCAGUUUUAAUGGAUGAUCAUAAGGAAGCCGAAGCAAUAUCAGAGCUAUCAAGGGCCAUCAACUUUAAGCCAGAACUGCAACUGUUACAUCUUCGAGCAGCAUUUUAUGAUUCAAUGGGUGAUUUUGUUUCUACUGUCCGAGACUGUGAAGCAGCCCUGUGUCUUGAUCCUAGCCAUGCUGAGAUGUUAGAGCUUUGUAAUAAAGCCCGGGGACGAAUUAAUGAUGGAAAGUGAGAUAUUCAGAAGUUAACAAUCAUGUUUUCUGUGUUUCUUAUGGGGACAGGCCUACACAUAGAAACCAAUACUUCAUCACACCUAAUGACCCAGUAAUCAUCAUUGCUAUUUAUCUAUUGGAUGUUGCCGCGAGGAAAGGUGUGGUGUGUGUCUUUUAGGCUGACCUUAUCGAUGCUGAAUCACAGAAGGGAAAAGGUGAGUUAGAAAGAUAAUCUGGAUUCAAACUGAAGGAGAAAUAGAGGAGCAGAAUACCUUGUAAAUAUAUGUAAUUGGAUUAUGGUUUUGUUAGCUUAUGAUUCAAGGAAUGCGGAUGCUGCUGCUAUUCUCCAAUCUGCCAUGGCAGCAGCAAGAAUGGUGACAAGUUACCACAGUUUUAGACUAAACUUGUACAUGAAAGUCAAUUUGUUGUGCAACAACUUUAGAUAUUUACAACUAUAUUAAUGGCUGAGCAAUCGCCAAUGUAAGUUGUGUUGUAGUAUUUUCGCUCUCUUCAUGUGUUGUAUAAACACAGUUUUCCCAUUCACUCGCUAAUUUACUUUUGAUGAGCUCUUUCUGGAGAACUAUAUCCAUAUCAAGUUAUGAAAGUUUUCAUUCAUUUCA